AUGUACUCCUCAUCGAUUUCGGAUUCCGACGAUGAGCAACAAGAAGCGCGAAACGAAACAGCAAACAAUCACUCGAACAAAGCAUUUCGGAAAGUUAACAAGUACAAUUCAUCAAGCGCUCGUCAGCGGUCCGUCUCGGAAGACGAAGAGGAAGAAGUUGCUCCCGUGGAAGAUGAUGAGCCAAAUCACGAUGAAAGCUCAUCUGUAGAGCGAGCCUCAACGCCAGAGUUCUUCCCAGACGAUGAUGAGCCGCCAGCUGUAGAACGAGAAACUUCCACCAGCAAUCGCAAGAGGCCACUUCAUGAGGAUGAGGGUGGCGAUCAAUCGCCGUUGAAGAAGCCGGCGGGUGGUAUUGGAGAACGACUGAUGGCAAAGAUGGGCUUCAAGCCGGGCGAGGGACUUGGAAGAGAUAAACAGGGUAUCGCUGAGCCGAUCAAGUUGGCCAUGCAAAAGGGCCGCAUGGGGUUGGGACAUCAAGAAUCGAAGGCACUUCAAUAUGAUCCGACAAAGCAAUGGGACGAUUCAGAGGAGAAGAAAACUGUUGAAGAGACCCCCGUCUGGAUGUCACUCUUCAGUGACGACGCAAAUGGUUUAGUGGAACGACAAGAUGAGGUGAAUCGUGUCAUCAAGGACAAGAAGCAAUUCCUCGUCGCUGAAAAGAAGCUCUUCAUCGAGGAUGAGGUGGAUGUGGUUGAUGGGCAAUUGUUGAAGAAGCUUUUGGAAGCGAAAACGGUGUUCGACUCAUUGAACGAUCGGGAUUUGCGCAAUUCGAGGACCAGAGCGAAUCCGUAUGAGACGAUUGGAUCCGGAAUAUUUCAGAACCGUGCCGCGAUGAAAUCCGCAAAUAUGGACGGGAUCUUCAAUUUUCUCUUCUCAAAAGAGGACACCAAUUUAUUGGAGGAAAAAUGCCCCCUCGACGUCAAUAAGCCUGGGAAAAACGAUAAGCAUCGACAUCAGGAGCUUUUCUACUUUGCUGACGUUUGUGCAGGUCCGGGUGGCUUCUCGGAGUACCAGCUGUGGCGCAAGAAUUUUUACAACGCAAAGGGUUCCGACGACUUCAAACUUUCAAAAUUUCUCGCCUCGUCUCCGCUUUUCUUCGAACCCUAUUAUGGAACACAUGAUGACGGUGAUGUGACGAAACCAGCGAAUAUCGACUCGUUUGAGGAUUUGGUGAAACGAGGAACAGAAGGAAUUGGAGUCGAUUUGAUGAUGGCCGAUGGAGGAUUUUGUGUUGAUGGACAAGAGAAUAUACAGGAAAUCCUCUCGAAACGAAUCUACUUGUGCCAAUUGCUCGUCUCGUUGUGCAUCGUACGUGAGGGCGGAAAUUUCUACUGCAAACUUUUCGACGUGUUCACGAGGUUUUCCUAUGAGUUGAUCUUCUUGAUGUCACUUUGCUACCAGGACGUUUGCAUUCACAAGCCGCACACGAGUCGACCAGCAAAUUCGGAGAGGUACAUCAUCUGCAAGGGUUUGAUGAAACGCUUCUCGGAUCCGAUUCGUGAUUUCCUCAAAGCCGUGAACCGAAAGCAACAAGAGCUGGUGGAAAAGAAAAGCGACAAAGAUGUACAACAAUUGCUACCACAUCAUUUCGGGAAUGAGUUGACCGAAUCGGAACGUCUCUUCUUGAUCUACAUCACCGACAACAAUAACAUGAUCGCAAAACGACAAGCGCACUACCUUGAGAAGUAUCGAGUGUUCGCGACAAACGUUGGCUUAGUGGAUAUGGAUCAAGCCGAUUUACGCGAGAAGUGCAUGAAAUAUUGGAGGGUUCCCUAUGACAUGCAGCCUCACGACUCGCGUCGAACCGGUCUGAAUCGUGUUCAACAAGUGCACUCACCGGAGCAGCUAAUGUCAAAAUUUGCACCAAAGAUGUUCGGCUCUAAUGACUUCUCAGCGAAAUCGUUUGAAUUCGAGAAACAUUGGGAAGAGAUUUUCAUAAAAAAUGCUAAACCCGGCCAGUAUGUACACGAGGAGUAUCGCUGUUUUUGGGCUACUGAGUUUAAAACAAAUCAAUCGGCCCCGGUGAAGAUGAAGGUUUUGGUGGCGACACCGGAUGCGGUCUACUAUUUGGACGAGAGCUCGCAUUGGACGACUUGUGAUCGCUUCUUGUAUCGAGUGCCCGGUCCGUCGAUUUUGUUGGUUGAGUUGACCGAGGAAAUGGCUAAGUCAAAUGGAAAGCUCUCGCUCCCGGGGAAAAACAACGGCUCGAUCAUUCGAAUCUUUGACGCGGCGGUGCUGGCGGGCGAUGAUGUGAGCAAGCUGAGCUACGAUGAUCGAAUGAAAUGCAUUGUCAAGUACUGCAAAGCGGCUACUUUGGUGGAGAAUGUUGUCCAUGUGGCGAUGCCCGUGCAAAAGCCGUACAAUAGUCGUGGGAGAGGCAGGGGGCAGCCACAAUUCACUUUCGAACGCAAAUCCUACACUCCGCUACGAUUGGUGCCGGCAAAGGUGUUCACGUUGGAUAGGUUGAAUGAGCAUCUACCCCGCGAACUUGUGCUCAACAACGAGAACAUUGGGGUCAUUGAAGAGGAUGGGAAAUCAUACAUGGUGUCUGGUCUCUUCGUUAUCAAAUUUUUACAAGAUCGUUGGUCGAUGCAAAUCAGCCGUAAAAUGCGCCAAUGCUAUGCCUUCAAUAUGGACACCCGUAUUUCCGUGUUCUCGGAUCGAUUCGAGCACUCGGGUUGUUUGACGACAUUUUGGGACACACUGGUGACAGCGAAGCGGCCGCAUUAUCGAAUGUUCUGGAAUUGGAGAGCAAAAUAUGGCGAUACUCCAUACGGUCCACGAUGGAUUCUCAACGAUGAGCAGAAUGCUGCGGGUCCAACUCUACACGAAAUAAACAAACGAAUGAAUGAGCUAAAGCAA